AUGGAUACACCGACGAGUCCGGGCCAAGGUACUGUGCUGGCGGGCCGCCGCCCGUCGCCAGGCGACGAUAACGACCUUCAAUCCAUCGUUGGACGACAACCUUCUAUGCCAAUUCCUCCCCAUCAUCACGAUCGGGGGGCGGGGUCGGGCCAGUCGCCCAACAACUCUGGCGGCGGCAGCCUUUCGACGCCCAAGAUGAAAAUGAUCAAUCCAGACAUCACAGCGAAGCUGUGCAAAGCAGUCUUUCGAGGUGAGAAGGUUCCAGAAGUUAUUGACCAACGCGACAAGGAUUAUCAGAAGUUUAAACAACAUCUUAUGGAGAAAAAAAACUUGCCCAAUGGGCACACGGCCAUUCCGAGGCAUUCUCAUCAAAUGUCAAAUGUCAAGCAUUAA